AUGUCAACAACAGAUAAACCCCCCAUAACUCCGACUCGCAUACCGAGCCAAACCAUCUCAGCCCCGAAAACCCCCACUUUGCCUCAAUCCGGCGCUCUUGAAACCACGCUUUCCAUAUCCCCCGACCCUUCGGCGAUCUACAACCGUUCAUUCCGCCCAACAACUCCACCGCGACCGCUUGCCUCACUCCUCCCUAACGCUCUUCGCUACCCCGAUACUCUGGGUACGCUCAUCGAGGUUCGCGACUCAGAGGACAAGGGCCUCGGCGUCUUCGCCCUCCAUGAUCUUCUUCCAGGAACGAUCCUCCUCUGUGAAGAGCCCCUCGUGACUCUGCAAGACAACGGUGCCCGAGCCGACCCCCUCGAUGUCACCGUCAACGCCCUCUCACCCGAGAAGAAGAAAUCCUUCCUGUCACUGCACGCCUACUCCCGCAACAAGCACGAGUCUCGCAGCCGCAGCAUCGUCUACAGCAACGGAUACAGCAUCAUGAAGGACCUCGCCACCGGCGUCUUUGAGACGGCGUCACGCAUCAACCACUCCUGCGUGCCCAACAGCCACUACGUCUGGAAAGACAGCAUCGGCAAGAUGGUCUUCUAUAACCACUUCAAGCUGUUGGAGGGCGAUGAGGUCACCGUGGACUACGGUCACAAGACGAAGAUGCUGAAGCGGAUCUAUGGCUUCGAUUGUACCUGCGGCGGGUGCACGGAUUCGGGCUCGGAUGGGCUGAGCAGCAGUAGCAGCGAAAGUGCCGCCAGAGCGGAGGAGCGUACGAGCAUUGUCGAGGUCCUGCAUCAUGGAGAGGAUUCGGACCCAGCAUCGGGCUGA